AUGCUGAUGCUGGCGGUGGCACUGGUAGAGAUCCGCGCCGCGCAAAGAACCUUCGAGGGCGCCUACAUGCGCACGGCGCUCUCGCAGUUCAGCUUCGCCCUGAUCGUGCUCAAGAUCUUCACGUCCGAGUUCUACGCCAUCGGCGCGCUGUUCGCCGUCUACGGCGCCGCCGUGUUGCUUUGCGCCAUCUACAGACGGUAUCACGGGAACCAGCAGUUCUUCACCGCCACAGACGACGACGGGGGCGUCCAGAGCAAGUUCCGCACCAGCGGCAAUAGUGUUUUGUUGCUCACCACGCUGAGCGUGGGCGCCUAUGUUGGCUUGUUCAUACUGACGUGGCAGCUGCAGACGUGA